AUGAUCAAGAAUUUCAGACAAGUUUGUAGAUUCGCUUUAUAUCAAAGCGCUUUGAAGACCAAUUCCUUCUAAAAUUUAAGCAAGCGUGCUUUCUGCUAUGUCAAGCAUCAUAAAACCUUCAAUGAUAACGAAGAAAUUUACACUCAUUAACUCAGCGCAGCUUCUCAACCAGAUACUAUUCCCACAUUUAGAGUUAUUGAUUUGUAAGGAAGUGUUCUUGCUCCCCAAUAUGAAAAUAUUCCUGAUGAAAUCUUGAACAAGAUUUUUGACACAAUGGUUCAAGUUGAAGAAAUAGAUACUAUCUUAAAUAUGACUCAAAGAUAAGGUAAGAUUUCUUUCUACAUGCCUUCCUUUGGUGAAUAAGCCACUACUGUUGGUGUUGGUGCCGCUCUUGAAUUUGAAGAUUUAGUUUUCCCUCAAUACAGAGAAUAAGGUACUAUUAUUUACAGAGGAUAUACUGUUAGAGAUAUGCUUAACUAAUGUAUUGGUAACAUUCACGAUCUUGGUAAGGGUCGUUAAAUGCCUGUUCACUAUGGUUCUAAGGCUCUUAAUUUUGUUACUGUGUCUUCCCCUUUAACAACUUAGGUACCUUAAGCAAGUGGUGCUGGUUAUGGAUACAGAUUGAGAGGCGAAAAUAAAGUAGCUGCUACCUAUUUUGGUGAAGGUGCUGCUUCUGAAGGUGACUGGCAUGCUGCUUUGAACUUUGCUGCUACUUUGUCAUGCUAAACUCUUUUCCUUUGCAGAAACAAUAAAUAUGCUAUCUCAACUCCAGUAGUUGAUUAAUACAGAGGUGAUGGUAUUGCAGGUAAGAGUAUUGGUUAUGGAAUUAAAACUUACAGAGUUGAUGGUAAUGACGCUCUUGCUGUUUAUCAUACUGUUAAGGAAGCUAGAAAUUAUAUUGUAACUAAUAAAGCUCCUGCAUUUAUUGAAUUUAUGACUUACAGAAUCGGUGAUCAUAGCACAAGUGAUCACUCUGUUAUGUACAGAACAGAAGAUGAAAUCUCUUCAUGGAAAUCAACUAACAACCCUAUCACCAGAUUAGGUCUCUACUUGAAAAAGAGUGGCAGAAGAGUCUUCGAUGAAGCCAAGGAUAAGGAAGUACGUGCUGCUAUAAAGAAAGAUAUUAUUGCUGCAUUAAAGGAAGCAAACGAAUAAAAGUUACCUGCUUGGAAUACCUUAUUUGAAGAUGUUUAUGACUAACUCACUCCUAAUUUAAAGGAACAAAAGGAAGAACUUAGAUAACAUUUAAAUGAAUACGGUGAACACUACAACUUACAAAAGUUUGCUAGCAAUUGA